CGUCGUCCGGGUUUGGCCAGUGUUUGCCGUCAUUGUAAAUAAGAAUUUGUUCUUAAACUGACUUGCCUAGUCAAAUAAAGGUAUUCCACACCGAUCUCGACAAACCAUUUCUGUAUGGACCUCGCUUUCUGUGAGCUUGUGUGACCUACCACCUCCUGUUGUUGCUCCUAGACGUUUCCACUUCACAAUAACACCACUUACAGUCGAACUGGGCAGCUCUAGCAGGGCAGCAAUUUGACAAACUGACUUGUUGGAAAGGUGGCAUCCUAUGAUGGUGCCACCUUGAACGUAACUGAGCUCUUCAGUAAGGCCAUUCUAAUGCCAAUGUAUGUCUUUGGAGAUUGCAGCAAGUGUGGCUGAAAUAGCUGAAUCCACAAAUUUGAAGGGAUGUCCACAUACUUUUGUAUAUAUCGUGUAUGUUUGGCAUGUUAACUGUAAAUACGUCCUGCUUUUUUAGCCUAGGAAAGCUGGUUAUAUUUAUCUUUCCUUGUUUGCUGCAGCCUCGCAUCUCAUGACUGGUGCUUUCUCAUGAUCCAGCAGUGAGAAAUAAUCCAAGUGGCAGUUUUGGAGGUCCUGUCCCAAGCAACAGGCCACAGUGAAUCACAGACACGGGUAUUAUGUUCUUCUGCAUCCAUUCAUGUCUCAAUUUGUAAAUGUGCAAUUAAGAAGUGUUUCAAAGAGAGUGAUUCUUUAGAACUCUUUGUCAGGGUUGAAAUGACACGUUAGCGGAGAUGGCGCCUAUGGACAUGGUCGCCCUGUAACCAAUUUUGCAGUAUAUUUUUGUGUGUGUUAUUUCUUACAUUAUUUGCUCAGAACAUUUCUUGCAUUAUUACCUACAUCCGAAAAUUACUUUUGGAUAUUAGAUCGGCAUUUGGACCAGAAAUUCAACGUUCCGAAUUCUGACAUUGCUCGUUCUAAUAUCUCUAUAUUUAUUUUUUAUUUUUAUUUUUGGGAUUUGAGUGUAUUGUUUUGUACUGUCAGGUAGUACUCCACUGUUGGAGCUAGGAACAUAAGCAUUUCUUUACACCCGCGAUAACAUCUGCUAAAUAUGUGUACGCGACCAAUAACGUUUGAUUUGAUUUGAUAUUCACUAGACAUUUCCCUAAAAAUAGGGGCCUGGGCCAACAUAAGUAUUAAACACCUGCUCUUGGGGACCCUUUUGAUGUUUUCAAUGAUUAAGGGAAUGCCCUUGUUUGCUUUGUUCCCAUAACCCUUGUAGUUCAAGCCCUGCUCUUCAGUGUUACAUACCUUGACUGAAAUGUGCUCUCUCUGUAAAUUAUUUGUGUGUUCUUGACUGAGCCUCUCCCAGAUGAAUGGCAGCCAGGUUUGCAUAAUGUGGAAUUUAACCAGGUAUGUGUUCUGCCCUGUGGUGUAGUUGGAUAGGGGAGUGGUGUGGUUGAGUUACAUGUUAAGUCAGUAAAUGAGAUUGGACAUUUACAAUGCAAUAAUAUGCAGCAUCGGUAGCCCACACCUUAUGACCACAUUAGGAAAACCUGAACUUUGAAAGAUGUGAUUUUGUCAUCACCAGCACUGCUGCUUUACUCAGAGUGAGUAUUUUUAACUGGGAUUAUGAAGUGAGAUAGGCCUACAUCUUUUUUAAAUUAACAAUAAAGGGACGAAUCUGGGUUUGGCAGAUGCCAAGAGAACGCUACCUGCCCCAAUGCAUAGUGCAAACUGAGAAGUUUGAUGGAGGAGCAAUUAUGGUCGUUAGUUCCAGUGAAGAGAAAUCUUAAUGCUACAGCAUACAAUGACUUUCUAGUCGAUUCUGUGCUUCCAACUUUGUGGCAACAGUUUGGGGAAUGCCCUUUCCUGUUUCAACAUGACAAUGCCCCCAUGCACAAAGCAAGGUCCUUACAGAAAUAGUUUGUCAAGAUCGGUGUGGCAUGCACAAAAGUCCUGACCUCAACCCCAUCAAACACCUUUGGGAUGAAUUGGAACCCUGACUGCGAGCCAGGCCUAAUUGCGCAACAUCAGUGCCCAACCUCACUAAUGCUCUUGUGGCUGAAUGGAAGCAAAUCCCAGCAGCAAUGUUCCAAUAUCUAGUGGAAAGCCUUCCCAGAAGAGUGGAAUCUGUUAGAGCAGCAAAGGAAGGACCAACUUUAUAUUAAUGCCCAUGAUUUAGGAAUGAGAUGUUCGACAAACAGGUGUCCACAUACUUUUGAUAAUUUAGUUUAUGGCAUACAAGUAACUGCCAAAAUAUAGAAAACCAGCAUAGUGUCUAAAUAGAGCGUUUGGUCACCAUGAGCUGCCAGGGUCAAUGCGCCUUGGCAUAGUUCUACAAGUGUCUGGAACUCUAUUGGAGGAAUGCGACAUCAUUCUUACAUGAAAACUCCUUUAUUUAGUGUUUUGUUGAUGGUGGUGGAAAUCGCUGUCCCAGGCGCCGCUCAGGAAUCUCCCAUAGGUGUUCAAUUGGGCUGAGAUCUGGUGACUGAGACACACACAUGCCCUUUAAACCCCCUAUGCAUCUUUGAAAUCCUUCUUUUAAAGUCACUGAGAUCUCUUCUUCCAUCCAUGGUAACCAAAAUAAUAAAUGGGCCUUUUUAUACAUGACCCUAAGCAUGAUGGGAUGUUAAUUGCUUAAUUAACUAAGGAACCACACCUGUGUGGAAGCACCUGCUUUCAAUAUACUUUGUAUCCCUCAUUUACUCAAGUGUUUCCUUUAUUUUGGCAGUUACCUGUAGGUCCCUCUUCAUUCAUCACUCUUCACUUUUUGUAUCUUUAGUAUCUUGCAUGUUUCUCUACUGGCAUGUUGCCGUUGGUCAGGAGAGUACUGUACCCGCUAUGGAUGUGAGCUAGACAUACCUACGUCAAGCCUGAUGCUCAACAGCAUGCUAAACCACAGCUUUCAGUCAGCCGUAGACAUCACGUUAUGAGUUAGUAGCGUUAAUAUAACUCAGAAUAAACUCCCACCUCCCACUUUUCUAUUAAUUGCACAUGCUUGUGUAAUUAUAUACCAGGCGGUGUCAGAGGAAGGCCCUGAAAAUGGUCAAAGACUCCAGCCACCAAAGUCAUAGACUGUUCUCUCUGCUACCACAUGGCAAGAGGUACCGAUGCACCAAGUCUGGAGCCAAUGUAACCCUGAACAGCUUCUACCCCCAAGCCAUAAGACUGCUAAACAGUUAGUUAAACAGUUAACCUGGACUGUCUGCAUUGAGCUUUUUUGCACAAACUUUUUUUUACUUAUUACAUGUGCUGCCUCUACUGUUUAUUAUCUAUCCUGUUGUCUUGUCACUUUAUUCCUUGUUAUGUUAUGUUAUGUUACGUGUCUACCUCAAUUACCUCGUACCCCUGCACAUCAACUCAGUACUGGUACCCUGUGUAUAUUUCCAAGUUAUUACUCGUACCCCUGCACAUCAACUCAGUACUGGUACCCUGUGUAUAUAACCAAGUUAUUACCUCGUACCCCUGCACAUCCACUCAGUACUGGUACCCUGUGUAUAUAACCAAGUUAUUACCUCGUACCCCUGCACAUCCACUCAGUACUGGUACCCUGUGUAUAUAACCAAGUUAUUACCUCGUACCCCUGGACAUCAAUUCAAAUCAAAUCAAAUUUAUUUAUAUAGCCCUUCUUACAUCAGCUGAUAUCUCAAAGUGCUGUACAGAAACCCAGCCUAAAACCCCAAACAGCAAGCAAUGCAGGUGUAAAAGCACGGUGGCUAGGAAAAACUCCCUAGAAAGGCCAAAACCUAGGAAGAAACCUAGAGGAACCAGGCUAUGAGGGGUGGCCAGUCCUCUUCUGGCUGUGCCGAGUAGAGAUUAUAACAGAACAUGGCCAAGAUGUUCAAAUGUUCAUAAAUGACCAGCAUGGUCAAAUAACAAUAAUCACAGUAGUUGUCGAGGGUGCAGCAAGUCAGCACCUCAGGAGUAAAUGUCAGUUGGCUUUUCAUAGCCGAUCAUUAAGAGUAUCUCUACCGCUCCUGCUGUCUCUAGAGAGUUGAAAAUAGCAGGUCUGUGACAGGUAGCACGUCCGGUGAACAGGUCAGGGUUCCAUAGCCGCAGGCAGAACAGUUGAAACUGGAGCAGCAGCACGGCCAGGUGGACUGGGGACAGCAAGGAGUCAUCAUGCCAGGUAGUCCUGAGGCAUGGUCCUAGGGCUCAGGUCCUCCGAGAGAGAGAAAGAGAGAAAGAGAGAAUUAGAGAGAGCAUACUUAAAUUCACACAGGACACCGGAUAAGACAGGAGAAGUACUCCAGAUAUAACAAACUAACCCUAGCCCCCCGACACAUAAACUACUGCAGCAUAUGGUGUAUACACAUGGUGUAUUUAUUAUAACUUGUAUUAUUACGUGUUAUUAUUUUUCUAUUAUUUCUCUAUUUUCUUUCUCUCUGUGUUGUUGGGAAGGGCCUGUAAGCAUUUCACUGUUGUUUACAAGCAUGUGAUGAAUACAAUUGGAUUUGAUUCGAUUUUUGAUUACGAGGGCACAAUGCACAUACACUCGUAAAUAUUUAUCUUUCUACCGUCAGCAGAGGCCCCAGCUCUUCCCUCAGCGGUAAGGGUACUCUGCAUUCCUCUCUGAGACCUUGACUCAUUAUACUAGGUGUGGCAGGUAGCCUAGUGGUUAGAGUGUUGGACUUGUAACCGAAAGGUUGCAAGAUCGAUUCCCUGAGCUCACAAGGUAGAAAUCUGUCGUUCUGCCCCUGAACAAGGCAGUUGUUCACUGUUCCUAGGCCGUCAUUGAAAACAAUAAUUUGUUCUUAACUGACUUGCCUAGUUAAAUAAAGGGAAAUAAUAUAUAUAUAUAUAUAUAUAUACAUACUAAGAGGGGUAAUUCAACAGGGUGUGUGUCUGAUAAUCACUGAUACUCAGAAGCCUGGGGAGCUGUAGCCUACUGUACUGUAGUGUCCGAUGCUGUACCCUAUGGCUAAGCUACAAACAGAAUACAAGCACGACCACCCACUUUGGUCUGCACAGUUUUGACUUCCUAAAAUAAAGGAUCAAUGGUGAUGUCAAAUGCUUGUCAAGUUGUCACGUUUUGUUUAUUAAAUUAGGUUGUUGUAAGAUAGACUUGUUUUAACUUGUCCAGUUUCACUGCACCCUUUCUGUAGUGGGCUAACACAACAUUUAAAUCACACUACUACAGAUAGCUAUUACGUUUCCCUUGGAUAUUUUUGUGAUAUUUUUACUACCCACAGAUCACACCCUCUUAGUCUGAUACUCUCUAAACAUUAUUGUCCUUCUCUGUUUGCUUGUUGGGUGGAUAGCACAGUUGGAAUGUGGUGUGCCCAACCUUCAAUAAAGGUGUAUGUAGUAGUAACUAUGAUCAUUCUUGUUGGAUACGUUUUUAUGUAGUGUGAACUUUAGGCCGAAGUGGAUGUUGGUGUAUUGUUUGGCAUUACACUAUAGCCUUUUAGUGUUCUGGCAUUUCCUCCCAAAUAUGUCUAGAAUCUAGAUAUUCUGUUUGUAAUGACAACUAAUCAGUGGUUUAAUGUCAUUACUAGAUCAUUCAAUCUCCAAUGUUUCAAGGUGGAAAUUAAUUUAGAUUGGUUUGAUUGAAGUCAGUAAAUGUGAGUUAGUAGCACCCUGGAAUCUAACAGGUGACUGGCCCUGCCACAUUCCAGUGUUUCUCCAUUGGAAGUCUACCAAUGAGGAAUCACACUGUUAUAAUAAUGUGUAUCUCUUAGUGUUGACUCCCUUGAUCUAGAAAAGCAGUGCCUAUUCAACAAUGUCUAUAAAAAAACGAUCUUUAUUGAUUAUGCCCAGGUAAGACAAAGUAAAUAUAUUAAAAGAUAGGAAUGCAUGUGUGUAGGAAUGGAGGGAACGUGAGAGAGAGACAGAGAGAGAGAGUGGGAUGGAGAGCAGGAGAGAGGAACAGGUCUACCCGGUCUGUUCCUCUGGUCUAGUGCCUUCAUGAUGUCACACCUGUUCAUUGGGGUGGAGCUGAGACAGGUGGCUGCUCUUUAACUAGAGAGAGGAGACACGGCUAGAGAGAGAGGUACAGCGAGGAGAGGGAAGUGAGGAGUAAGAUAAUUGCACUGGGACUGACAGGACACACAGCCUCCCAGGAUGUUCAGCAAGAAGAAGGAGUACGACCUGGUGAAAGUGGCCCAGAGCCAAGGUAAUGAUGUGGCCGUGCUGGUGGCGCGCAUGCAGAGCAAUGCAGACCAGGUGGAGAAGAAUGUGCUGCGCUCUGAGGAGCUGAUGGCUGUGGACACAGUGAAUGGCAAGAAGGACAGGCCCUUACUGCACCAGAAGGAGAAUACAGAGAUCCUAGCUGGGGCUGAGGGGCUGCUGAAGGAUCUGUUCCUGGAUGUGGACCGGGCCAAGAAGCUUUCACACCCACAGGCUGGAGAAAUAGAGAUUGAUGUGAGAAACCUCCAUGACCGCUGGUCUAAGGACUGUACCAUGUACCGGGACUUGUAUGAGGCAGUGCAGGAGGUGGAGCUCACUCCCAGGAUUGACUGGUCUCAGGUGCUGGAGGAGAAACAGAAGCAGAUACGUGCAGAGAGGUACGGGCCCAACCUGUCUGAUGUGGAGAAGCAGAUUGCCUCUCAUAACAUCCUGCACCAGGAGAUCGAGGCCUACGGCUCCCAAAUGAACCGCAGCAGCACUGGCUCUCCGGCAAAGUUGUCUACCAUUCAGAGACAGUACACAGAUCUCUUGGAGGCCUCCCUGUGGAGACACAGGUACCUGGCCUCUCUGUAUGACUACAUGCAGGGCUGCAGUAAGGAGCUGGUCUACCUGAGCGAGUACCAGGAGAGGAUCCUCAGGAAGGACUGGAGCGACCGCAUGCUGGACCCCCCAGGGGUGCGCAUGGAGUACGAGAAGUUCAAAAACAACACUCUGCUAACACAUGAGAGUGAGACCAACCAGCUACAGAUGGAUGGGGAUCGUCUCGUUGAAAUGAAGCACCCUGCCAGCUCCACAAUACGGGCACACAGCGACGCAUUGCAGAACGAGUGGCAGAGCUUCCUAAACCUGUGCAUCUGCCAGGAGGUACACCUUGACAACAUAGAUAACUACAGAAAGUACCAGCUGGAUGUAGAGACCUUGUCUGAGUCCAUGAAGAGACUCAACUCUAAUCUGGACCCCAAAUCACUGGACAACAAGAACAACCCAGAGAUCCUGCUACAGCUUGAGGGUGAUGAGAGAGCGAUAGAGAGGAACGAACAGCGCCUCGUAGCCCUGAGGGAGUUCACCAGCACCAUCGCCCCUCUGAAGCUGCGGCGUCUACGCCCCACCAAACCCACCCCUGUGGUGUCCCUGUGUGAAUGGACCAAUGGAGAGGACUCAGUGUCUCAAGCAGAGAAGCUUAUGCUAAAGUCCAACUUAGACGAUGAGAACUGGGAGGUCCAGACCAGCACUGGGAAGACCAAAACCCUGCCUGGAGCCUGCUUCCUGGUCCCACCGCCAGAUACUGAGGCCCUUGAGAAAGUGGAAAGUCUGUACAGAGAGCUUUCUAACCUGAAGAGAAAGAGAACUACUCUGAUGGCCUCCCUGAGGAGCCCCGGUGUGGAGGUGGUGCGCUCAGUGAGAGCAGCCCCUGUGGCUAAUGCCCCAGUGGACCCAAAGACCACGGUGCUGGACAAGAUCAGCAAGAACCUGGACCACAGUGAGAAGGACAUCCUGAGCCGGCUGAGGGCCCCUCUGGAUCGCAGUGACCCCACACGUGACCUGGCCAACAGGCUGAAGGAGCAUGAGAGGGACACCCUGACUGUUAGGAACCUGGAGGCAGAGAAGGCAGCGGUCCAGAGAGAUAUGGAUCCCAUCCUAGCCCAGAAGCCCCUUGGGCCCACCACCUCCGCCCUGUCACUCAAACUGAGUGGUCUUAACAACAAGUUUGACGACACCAACGUCCUCUGUGACCUGUACAACAAAAAAGCCACAGCUUCCAUGUUCCUGGAGAGGCAGAUCAAUAUGGUGGACAACUCAGUCUCUGGCUUUGAGGAGCAGCUGGCUGAAGAUGCUGCCAUCCCUGAUGUUCCCAACAUCCUCCAGACACGCAUCCAGAAGCUUCAGAACAUGCGCAAAGAUGUAGCGUUAAAGCAGGAUGAGAUGCUGAAGCUGAGCAGGGACUUGGAGUCCACAGAGCAGCUGAGCAGCUCCCUGCAGAAGGGCUUCCAUGAGUACUGCCCAGACAUCCGCCGCCAGCAGACAGAGGUCAAACACCUGAAGAACCGCUAUGCCAACGUCAACAGUCAGCUACAGGAGAGAACGGUUCUGCUGCAAGAGGCAACCAAUAAGAAUCAAGGCUUCCAGAGCUCUAUCCAAUCAUUGAACUUAUUUUUGACCAACCUGCCUAAUAAUACGAUCAAUCCAAGUGAUGGACUUUCUCAAAUUAACUUCAAGCAGAACUCUCAGAAGAGAGUGGUGGAGGACAUAAAAAGGAAAUCAGAUGAUGUGGGCCUAGCAGUGAAACAGUCCCGUGACUUGCAGAAUGUCCUCAAUGAGUAUGAGGCCAAAUCUGAUAAGUACCGUGGUACACUGAAAGAUGUGGAUGAUGAAGAUGCAAAAAGACGCCACACAUCCGCCAUGGCUGACGCUGUGCUGAAAAAGGAAAGAGCUCUACUGAACCUCUACUCAGAGGUGUCUGCAGAGAAUGAUCAGCUUUUCAACAAGAUGGGAUUGGCUAAGAACAUAAUUGUCCAAAAUGAAGAGAAGGUGAGCCAGGUGGUGGUGAAACAGCAGCGGCAGCUGCAGAGCCAGCAGAAAGACCUGGAGGAAACAGACGUUCUAAAGAGAGAGCUGGCAGAUGAGAUCACCAGGCGCUCCCAUGCUGAGAAUGACCUAGCAACAUACAGAAAGAGGUUUAUUUCACUGAAAAGCCGUAGAGGUGUGGAACGAAUGGAGGAGAGGGAAGUUGUGCAGUACUACCGUGACCCCAAACUAGAGGGUGAACUGGUGUCCCUGAAGAGUAGAAUCCAAGAUGAGACUAUAAAACACUCUGGCACCCAGACAGAGAUAAAGGUUGUCAAUGAGAAUAUCAUCCGCCGGGAGACUGAGCUGACAAAUGUCAAACCUAGGCUGUUGACCAAGGUGUUGACUGAGUUUGAGAGGGACCCCCAGCUUGACAAGGAGGCCACCAAGCUGAGAGAGGAGAUGCGCAAGCUGGAGCAGGAGGUCCAGGUGAGAGAUACAGAGACGGUCCACAUGAAAACUGAAAUCACAGUUCUGGCACAGAAGAGACCAACUAUCAAAGAGAGAGUAGUGAAAAAGGAGGUGGUGAGACUGGAGAAGGACCCAGAGAUGCUGAAAGCAGUUCUGACCUUUCAGACCGAAAUCUCAGAGGAGGGGUUAAGAUCCAAGUCCCUCAAUGAUGACAUAUUCCGCACUAGGAGCCAAAUAAACACACUUGAGAGGAUCAUUCCCACAAUCCAGCCAAAGAUUGUUACCAAGGUGCUGAAGAGGGUGGAGCAGGACCCAAAACUCAUUGAUGAGGUUAAGACUAUCCACACCAGCCUGGAAGAGGAGAACAAGAUCAACAGUGAUUUGAUGAAGGAACUCACCAGCCUCCAGAUCCGAUACAGUGAAGUGGAGAAGGUACGGCCCAAGCUUGAGGUCAAGGAGAUCAUCAAUGAGAUCUACAGGGUGGACCCUGAGACAGAGGUGGAGCUGGUGAGGCUAAGGAAAGAGCUGCAUGACUCUAAUCGAAACCGCACUGAUCUGGAGAAAGAAAUCGACUCAGUUAUGGUGGAUCUUAAAUCUCUGCGUUCCCAGAAACCCAAGUCAGAGUACAAGGAAGUGACCCAGGAAGUGAUUAAAGAGGAGAAGAGCCCAGAGGUCAUCAGGGAAAUUAAGAGGUUGAACGACCAGGUUUCACUUCUGCGGGUCUCAUAUGACAGCACCCUGGAUCUGCUGAGCCGCCUGCGCAAAGAGAGAGAUGAAUGGAAGGUCGAAAAGUCUAAGUUAGAGACAAAGCUUGUUAACAAAGAGGUGGUCAAAUACGAAAAUGACCCCCUACUGGAGAAGGAGGCUGACCGUCUGAGGAGAGAUGUGAGGGAGGAAAUCCAGCAACGACGCAACAUGGAGGAAACUGUCUUUGACCUGCAGAACAAGUACAUCAUGGUGGAAAGGCAGAAACCAGAGGAGAAGAUUGUGAUGCAGGAAGUGGUGCGUCUUGAGAAGGACCCAAAACAACUCCUGGAGUAUGAAAAGCUGAACAAGAACUUGGAUGAAGAGGUUAAAUCCCGUAGAAAACUGGAAUUGGAAGUUCGACAGUUGAGAGCCCUGGUUGAGGAGAAAGAGAAAAACUUGGCACUGAUGGAAGACCGGCAAAAAAAGAUCCAAGUAGAAACAGAGCUUAGACAGAUCAAAUCUCGCAUCCUUGAGCUUGAAAAUACCUCUCAACCCAUUGCGGAGAAGAUUAUUAUUGAGGAAGUCCUCAAAGUGGAGAGAGACCCCAAGCUUGAGAAACUAACCAGUGGCUUACGCACAGACAUGGAUAUGGAGGAAACCAACAUCAGACGGUUGGAAAGGGACAUCCGAAACCUGAAGAUCAAGUUGGACAUCCUGCGCAAGGAAAAGUCCAUGGAAAAGACUGUAUAUAAAGAGGUGAUUCGGGUGGAGAAGGACCAGAAUGUGGAGGCUGAGAGGGACCAUCUCAGAGAUCUAGUGUUGCAGGAAAGAAGUUCCAGACGGGAUCAAGAAGAUGAAAUCCAGAGGCUUAAUACCAAAGUGACCCGGCUCCAGACAACAAAGUCAAGCACCUCUCACGAAGAAACAAGCAUCACCCUCAAUAGAGAUUCCCUGAUGAGAGAGAAGGAAAAUCUCCUCAAAACACUGAGGACUUUGGAGUCUGAGAAACAUGAUUUAAGCAUAUCGUUCCAGCUGCAAUCCAAGCUGAUGAGUGAGAGAAACCAGAUAAACAGGCAAAGAGGCUUCAAGAUGGAUUCUGAGGUACAACGUCUAGAGAAGGACAUCCUGGAUGAAAAAGACCGGAUACACCAAAAGGAGAUCUACAUUAUGGAGCUGCAGAACAAUCUUAAGAAAGACGACCCCUCUGAGACACACACCAUAGAGACCAACCUCUCCACUAGAAUCAGCAUCCUUGACCCCGAGACUGGCAAAUACAUGUCACCAUAUGAUGCCUACUUAGAGGGCCUGAUUGACCGCAACAAGUACAUCCACCUUCAGGAGCUACAAUGUGACUGGGAGGAGAUCACCUCAAUGGGUCCAGAUGGGGAGACCUCGAUUCUGCAGGAUCGCAAGAGUGGAAAGCAGUUCUCUGUCAGGAAUGCUCUAAAGGAUGGCCGCUUGACCCAGUCCGAUCUGCACCGCUACAAGGAGGGUAAAAUGCCUAUCUCAGAAUUUGCUCUCCUGGUCGCUGGGGAUUCCAGACCAAAGCCUUACAUUGGUCCAAUCGCAACACCAAGGACACCGACAAAGACCACUGCAGCAUCUUCUUUGAGCACAAUGCCAUCAUCACUAAGGUCUUCCUACUCAAGUCUCACAAACAAUAGAUACGGCAGCAGUAGCAACCUGAAUAUUUCUAGCGGUGAUGAGCUCUUCCCAAUCUCUGGGGUGCUGGACUCCACCACCAACAGCCGUAUGUCUGUACGUAGUGCCCUGACUCGAAACCUUAUUGACCCAACCACAGCCCAGAAGCUCCUGGAGGCACAGGCAGCCACGGGUGGCAUCGUCGACCUCAACAGAAAGGACAAGUUCUCUGUUCACAAAGCAGUUGAGCUGGGUCUCAUUGACAAAAGUCACAUGCAUCUGCUGCUGAAUGCUCAGAAGGCCUUCACUGGAGUGGAGGAUCCUGUGACCAAGGAGCGUCUCGCAGUAGGGCAAGCUGCUGAGAAAGGCUGGAUACCUCAGGAUAGUGCCAUGAGGUACAUGGAAGCACAGUACCUGACUGGGGGGCUGGUGAACCCCCAUAAAGCUGGUCGCAUUAGUGUCCAAGAUGCUCUUAACACCAAGAUAAUCGACAGCACAGUAGCCAAGAACCUCCAAGACAAGUCUGCCCACACCAAAGAGUUGAUUGACCCCAUCACGAAAGAGAAGAUCUCGUACAAGGAGGCAAUGGAUCGCUGCAAAAAAGAUGUCACUACAGGGCUCUUGCUGCUCCCUGCAGCCUCUAGCGGUGACUCCAAAGAUGCACCAUCAUACUCCAACUAUCGAUUCCCUGGCUGACACAUGCCAGAUCUAGAGAGAUGCUGCAGCUCCAGGUGCUAAAUAGAAAUAGAAAUUCACAUCACAACACAAACACAUGUUCUUAUGUCUUUAUGGUAAAGGUAGAACAUUUUUAUAGUUCUGAUUGUUGAAGUCAGAAAAUGUCUAGGUUGUACUGUACACAUGUACCUGUUCUUUAUUGAUGCUAUGAUUCUCAAGAGUUGCUGUACACAUAAUUUAAAUGAAUGUUUGGUGAAGAGCUUUCUUUGAUUUGUUUUUCAGUAUUGUGAGAGCCAUUUCUUCCAAUAAACUUUCAAAUAAGCACUCAUUACAUUUUUCAAAACAAACUUUGGUAUCUAUGUAUGAUUACUCCUAUAUGAUGGUGGUACUUGUUAAAGUUGUUUAUUUGUCACAUGGACAGGAACACAUUGUGAUGUACUGUACACAGUACAAGGACAUUCUUACUUGCAUGUUCACCUCUAAACAAUGCGACAAUAGAAAAAGUAAAAAACGAAUAAAAUAAAAAUUGAACUCAAUGGAAUUAAAAAAAAAUAAAUUGCAGGAAAAUGACUUCAAGGAUGCUCAGGGAUUAGCCUUUCAUAUAAUAGUAUUGUCUUUUCAGUAAUGGUAGUGGCUCCCCUCUUUCCUGGUGUUUAGUGUGCUGCCCACUGUCAAUUUCACUUCUGUGACCCAGCUGAGACCACAUGAUAACAUGAGGAUGUCCGUGUUUUGACAUUCUCACGAGAUGGCAGAACCAUACAACAAGGUAGCAUGCUAAUGCAGUACACCGUGGAUUUAAUCUGGAGAGUUUCUGUGCUGCGGUGUGUCCAACCGGAACGGGCCGUUAUGCCAGUAAAUAAGGAUCUACAGAUGUAAAUGUCGCUCCCCUUGUCCUGGUGAGAGGUGAAAGGUGUUGUGGGGACUGGUGAGAGUCCCCUCUGAUGGGAUGUCUAGUAAACAGAUUAGUUGGUUACAGACAGGGCUUUAUGGGAUUACUGGACAUGAGCCUGCCUGGGGGAGGAAGUGGCGCCCUCCUGUAAAUGGGGUCGUAAAUUUAGUGACCUGGUGCCAUGACUGGUUAAAAUGAUAUAGGUGUCAUGACGUCGCCUGCUUGGGUAGUGCAAACCCCAUCCCUCUCUCCCUGCCUCUCCCUUUAGUACCACAACCCAUGCGGUGAUCACAGAGAGAUGUCGUAAAUUCCUGAGAAUCCCCUCAUGGCCCAACAGUAUUAGACAGAGGGUAAACUUUCAGGACAAAGGAAUUAUCUUCCACCUCACAGAACUUGAGGUACGAACAUAUUUCAUAUUCCUGUAAAAGUAUGAAAGAUCGGUGGAGAGUCCAGCUAUGAACCGGUCCAUUUGUCACCACGUGGGAAACUCAUGUGAGACUGUGGGACCACAUUACCAUACCGCUGUUUAUAUAAUAACCUCAGAUAUGAGGUUUACAUCUGUUUGUUGUAUAAAAUUAAUGAGUGAGUAUGAUACUGUUUGUAUAAUUGUGUAAUAUGAUUUUGAACGGUUUAAUGAAGAAAAAUACAAAUCCUUUUUUAUUUGAACUAAAUCCAGGACCCGCCCCUGAGCCAGUUGGGUCAGAGACCAUGGGACAGCCCCUCUCUGCUAUCUGAAUAAAAGUCAACUCUAAGAAAUUACCAUAAAACCAUGUUUUUCUCCAUUAGGAGGAGAACGAAGGUUGAGUACCAUUGCUGAAUCUUUAACCAUAUCACGUGGUUAAACUCUUAUACUAAUAAUAACAAGUCUUUGAUAUUGACUACUAGUCUGCAGCUAGGAAUUCGGUAUCAUUGAACGCGAAGAAAGACAACCGCCGAAACAUCCAUUCUACAACGAAUGUCACUGUGAACAAUCCACAAUAACUACGACAGAAGGAACUCCAACAAAACGAACUUCUCUCCAACGAUCAAGACGACACACAAUGAGCGUAAAUAUGUAUAUAUUGAUUGCAAUUGUUCCCGAAUGAGUGAGCGUUCAUGUGUAAAGGAUUAGCAUGUCAAUUGUUAUAAUUAUGAACUCUGUAUUGACUUCUUGGUCGAACGCCAAUUUUUCCUUUGUCUAACAAGCUGCCAUGCCGGUUUAGCUCCCUAGGGCCUAUUUCUCCCAUCAUUUCAUGUAACCCCUUUUAAAGUUUGUUUGUUUGUUUAUGCAUUUCUGUGAAUUAAUUAGUUAGUAAUAAAUAAAUGAUUUAAGACAA